CAGCAGCAUUAUGGUUAAAGUCAUCUUUGAGUAGGGAAGUUGAGACUCGGGUCAUCAUAUGAGUGAUGUGAUUGAAGCUGGGUUUCCCGUACACUGUAUGAAAGCCUUAAUUAUCAAGCCGCUGGGUUUUGUGGAAUGAAGAAAAUCUCCUUCCUGUGUUUCUGCACAAAUCUGCUGAAAGAUCACAAUUUCAUGCCAGUGAAGAAGAAAAUAUUUAAGAUCUCAAGAACAUUAAUAGAACAAGAAAUACGUGUCUUACCCAGGCGUAACUGCAAAAUUUCUCAUAUUACUUGUCAUAAUUUUUACAGAGAAAAGUGACAAGCCUACUUGGUCCUUCAGAAAGGCCCUCCAAUGCCAACUGUCAUGAAGAUUUGUUUGACUGCAAAGAGGAACUCCUGCAAUGAAGAAGUGGGGGUGCUGCACACAGGCUAGCUCUGAUAAUUGCUCUGUGUCACUACCUGCCAGAGAACAGUGGUGUGCUGCCAGCUGUGCUCUUAGGAAACUGUGAAUCAGGAAGAGAAGUUGGCUUUGCAUGAGCUAAGAACAGCUAGGAAGGAGUUCCAAGGGCUGAACUGAUGUGAGAGAUUUGGCUGAGCAAAAUUAGGCAAUGAUCAAGUAUUAUGGGAGCUCUCUGUGGUUGGGGAGAUCUGACCGACCAAAUAGGUGUUGGUUGGUUUACUGCACUCAGUUUCUCUGAGCCACCAUCCAUGAAAUCAAAGCCUGGUUAUUUGAUUCUACACCAUGAUGGUUUAUCCUAUGUUUAUUCUGUUGCUUACAAAGAAAAUAUAUGUUUCUUUUCCAUCAUUUUAUUAAAAAGACUGCAGUUGCAACAGAAAUUCAAUAUGCUUUCGUGGUAUCUCCAAUCUGCAGAAGGAGCUUCAGCCUUCCUGAAGUCAUUAUGGGAAGAGGCAUUUUCACUGACAGCUUCUUGGACAGCUCUGGGACAACAUUUUUCUGAGGAGGCAACCUCUUGGCUGUAAUAUUUCAUUGCAGUCAUGGCACCUAAGAAGAAGAAUGUGAAGAAGAACAAAGCAGAUAUCAAUGAAACGACUAUCAUUGUGGAAGACGGUCCCCUCAGUAAACUAAAUGGCUUGAAUGGACUCUUAGAAGGAGGCAAUGGUUUCAGCUGCAUCUCAUCUGAAGUUUCUGACUCAUCAUAUAGCCCAAAUCUCUUGGAAGGUCUAAGCAGGAUGAGACAAGAGAAUUUUCUUUGUGAUUUGACUAUCAGUACCAAAACCAAAUCUUUCAGUGUUCAUAAGGUGGUGAUGGCUUCAAUCAGUGACUACUUUCACAACAUCUUAAAGAAAGAUCCAUCCACCCAAAGAGUAGACCUCAAUGAUGUGUCCCCAUUGGGUCUAGCUACUGUUAUCACCUAUGCUUACACUGGAAAACUUACUCUCUCGCUUUAUACAAUAGGUAGUAUUAUUUCCACAGCAAUUUAUCUUCAGAUUCACUCCCUUGUAAAGAUGUGCUGUGAUUUUCUAAUCCAAGAAAUCAGUGUUGAGAAUUGUAUGUACAUUGCCAAUAUUGCAGAAACGUAUGGACUAAAAAUGACCAAGGAGGCGGCACACAAAUUUAUUAGAGACAACUUCAUUGAAUUUUCAGAAACGGAUCAGUUCUUAAAACUUACUUUUGAUCAGAUUAAUGAACUUCUUGCGGAUGAUGACUUACAGCUUCCUUCUGAAAUUGUUGCAUUCCAGAUUGCAAUAAAAUGGCUGGAAUUUGACCAAAAAAGAGUAAAGUUUGCUGCUGAUCUCUUAGGCAACAUCCGUUUUGGUACCAUCUCGGCUCAAGACCUUGUCAAUUAUGUUCAAACUGUUCCAAGAAUGAUGCAAGAUGCUGACUGCCAUAAGCUCCUGGUGGAUGCCAUGAACUAUCAUUUGCUUCCAUAUCAUCAGAAUACACUGCAGUCCAGAAGAACAAGGAUUCGUGGAGGUUUCAGAGUGUUAGUUACUGUUGGGGGACGCCCUGCUCUAACAGAGAAGUCUCUUAGCAGAGACAUCUUAUACAGAGAUCCUGAAAAGGGAUGGAAGAAGCUUAGUGAGAUGCCUGCUAAAAGUUUUAACCAGUGCGUGACGGUGAUGGAUGGAUUUCUCUAUGUGGCCGGUGGGGAAGACCAGAAUGAUGCCAGGAACCAAGCCAAGCAUGCAGUCAGCAAUUUCUGCAGAUACGAUCCCCGUUUCAACACCUGGAUUCACCUGGCGAGCAUGAAUCAGAAGCGUACCCACUUCAGCCUGAACGUGUUCAAUGGCCUCCUUUUCGCAGUGGGCGGUCGCAACUCAGAGGGUUGUCUCUCCUCGGUUGAGUGCUACGUGCCUGCCACUAAUCAGUGGCAGAUGAAGGCACCCCUGGAGGUGCCCCGCUGCUGCCACGCCAGCGCUGUGGUGGAUGGUAGGAUCCUGGUCACAGGAGGUUACAUUAACAGCGCCUACUCCCGUUCAGUGUGCACGUAUGACCCCAGCAACGAUAGCUGGCAGGAUAAGUCCAGCCUUAGCACUCCACGAGGGUGGCACUGCGCCGUGUCCCUGCUGGAGAGGGUCUAUGUCAUGGGUGGGUCGCAGCUGGGCGGGCGAGGGGAAAGGGUGGACGUCCUCCCCGUGGAGUGUUACAGCCCUUACACGGGGCAGUGGAGUUACGUGGCGCCCCUUCAAACCGGAGUGAGCACGGCCGGCGCCUCCAUGCUGAACGGGAAGAUUUACUUGGUGGGGGGCUGGAAUGAGAUAGAGAAAAAAUAUAAGAAGUGCAUUCAGUGCUAUAACCCAGAUCUCAAUGAGUGGACAGAGGAAGACGAGCUGCCUGAGGCCACUGUGGGAGUAUCCUGUUGUACUAUAUCCAUGCCCAACACCAAGACAAGGGAGUCCAGGGCGAGCUCAGUCUCUUCUGUACCAGUCAGCAUUUAAACACUGGUCAGACCAGCAACCGGUAAAAAUGUUUACCAGCACAGCAGUUUAAUUAACCCUUUAAGUAGCAUUUUUGUGCUUAUGUGGAAAAAAAUAAUUGGCUUUGCAACAAUUUUAACAGUGCAAAUUGGCCAUUUUUCCUGAUCUUUAAGACAGGUGGCGUGAAACAACAUAUUAGGGAUAAGAUGAAUUUUCUUAGCAGGAAAAGAGUUAAGCCAUAACAGUAGAGAGAAUUUUAUUCUGUUCCUGACUUUGCCACUGACUCACUGUGUUAUCUGUGGCAAAUAAUUUAUUUGUGACUUGGUUUCCUUACCUGUAAAAUAGAGAUAAAGUUGCUUCAGAAGAUUGUUGUGAGGCUUUUUUAAUACUGAGUUUUAAAUGCUUUCAGAACUCAAAAUGAAAGCCAAACAUUAGUAGUAAUAAAUCUCAAUACACAUUGGAAAUGUGCCAUGUCAUUAUAAAAUUUAUCAGUUUUGUUCUUUUCUAAGCAUUUUAUUUUUUGAGAAACAAGCCAAAAAAAAAAAAAAAAGAAAGAAAAAACAAGAAAAAAUUGCAUAUAGCAUGUACAUACUUUCCUUUUGGGGCAGUGAUAUUCACAGAAUUUUUUUACAAUGUUUUCUCCUUCAGAAGCUAGAAA